AUGUCAACGACUCCCAGACCGCACGGCCGCCGCCCGUCGCGCGAUGCGGCAGCUUCAGAUUCAAAUAUGAAUACUCCGGCGGGAGACACAACAGCCACUAGGCUUCAACGACUCCCAAUUCACACGAGGUAUCCCCUCACUCCGAGCCGCCUAGCAGGGUCGACCACCCCGUCUGCCAAUCCGUCGGUCUCUCGAUGGACACCUGGAAGAAGACUUACGAAUGCCCCAUCGACGCCCUAUGGACUUCGCGCGAUGCAGCGGCGCGCGGCCAAUACACCUGGACGCGAUCGCAGAAAGAGCGGGCGGAUCCAGAGAGAGACAACAUUUGACAUCCUACGGAAUCUUGGAAAGGCUCUUGCCCCUACUUCGCAGCCCAUACGCUCAUCACCGCAGGAGAAACUGGAGCCGACACCAGAACCAGAAAAGGAGAGAGACGAGAUCGAGGAACUCGACAAUGAACCGGAAUUGGAACGGCCGAGGCUUUCUCUACCCCUGGAGGAGGUGGAGGAGGUCGAUGAAGGAAGUCCAGAAAUGCGGCCACCUAGGCUGUCGUUAGCUUUCGAUGAGGAAGACAUCACACAUACAUCCGUCGAGUACCCACGAAGAGCGACCAGCGAAUAUGACAGAGCAAGACUAUCUAUGAUGAGCUACGGUAAUCCACGACUAAGCGAGAACUUCGGCGACUCAACCAGAUUGGGGAGCGGCUCUGAAGGCGGCGAGGACGAUGAUACGGGCAUUGAAGGAGAUGGACCGGACGAUACAAUGAUCAGCCAGGGGGCUUUUGACAGAGGAGGCGAAACGGAGGAUCUUGGGCGAUUCAACUUCGAAUUCAACUUCCCAUCUCCACCUCCUCCUGGUGAGGGGGGUGAUAUGAUGCAGGACGAACCUUUAAAUGACGACGAAGGUUUCGAGCUUCCUCCGGUUGAUCUCGGGCCAGAGAUAGGUCCAGAAUCAGACAUGAGCGAUGGCGACGUUGGCGGUGUCGCUGGCGACUUCGGUCUGGAGCUCAAUAUGCCAUCGCGAGUUUCCCUGAGCGAGAGUCCAGGGCUCGUUGGAGGAGGAUUGCGAGACGAAGAUAGCGUGCUCCCAGGUGGCAAGCAGAAGAAACUCUCGCGCCAUGGAAUUCCCGUGCCCAAUAUGCCAGUGGGAGUGGUUCGAAAACUAGCUACUAGGUUUGCCCGUGCAAGAGCCGGAUCCAAGGCCAAGAUAAGCAAGGCAACUUUGGCUGCAAUAGAGCAAGCAUCGGCGUGGUAUUUUGAGCAAGUCAGCGAAGACUUGGCAGCAUAUUCUAAGCAUGCAGGGCGAAAAACUAUUGAUGAAACUGACGUUACGACUCUGUUGAGAAGACAACGGCACAUCAACAAUGCCACCACCGUUUUCUCCCUUGCGCAGAAGCAUUUGCCGAAAGAGCUCCUGCAGGACAUGAGAUUGGCGAUGCCACCGUGA